AACUUUGUUUUUACUGCUGUCAACCGUUUUGCAUGCACCAUACGAUUAUUAAAUUACAUUUUUUAAUUAGGUUUGCAUGAAAUUAGAUUUUUUAAUCACAAAGUCACACAAGUUAUUUUCAUAGACUUAAUUGUAAGCGGUUUUACAAGGUCAAUUGUUGAUUCAGGGAACACUAUUUGUAAAAAUGAGCCGAUUAAGUAUUUCGGGUUGUAUAAUUGUUUAUACAAUUGUAAUUCUUUCGUGGGGAUUUUGUGCAGAAAGUGACUCUGUUCAGGGACAUUGUUCAAAAGAGGAUAAAGACUGUACUGAUGUCCAAGGUUCUGCUGACAAUAAUCAAAUACCAAGUUCUAGAGAUGCAGUGAAGCAGCGAUAUUCAAGAGGAAACAACGAAAAGUGGAAUAAUAUUUUGACGGAAGUUGAGACUGCAUUGGAUAAUUAUGCAGUUCGAGCAAAAGAACUAAAAUCACUACCGAAUGGUAAUUGCUCAUUAUAUUGGAAUCUUAUUGAACAAGAUUUAUCCGCGUUUAAGGAAGGAAUUACCUCUCACUUGGUUCAAACUGCUCGGUCAAGGGGAUCAUUUUAUCAAAUAAUCGACGGAAAAUUGUAUCGUGAUUCAACCUGCAAGUUUCCCACACGGUGCAAAGGAAUUGAACAUUUUCUAAAGAAAAUUGCCAAAUAUAUUCCAAACGUGGAAUUUGUUGUUAAUACUUCGGACUGGCCUCAAAUUUCUUCUCAUUUUCCAGAACCGUUGCCGGUAUUUUCUUUUAGCAAGACAAAGGACUAUGCAGACAUUAUAUAUCCAGCUUGGACAUUCUGGGAGGGGGGGCCAUCAAUUUCGCUUUAUCCUAAAGGGAUUGGUCGAUGGGAUUUAUUACGACAAUCCAUUACUGAUGCAGCCAAAAAAUAUCCGUGGGAUAAAAAGGAAGUAAAAGCAUUCUUCCGUGGAUCAAGAACAUCAUCAGAGAGAGACGCUUUAAUUUAUCUUUCGAGAAAGUAUCCUGACCUCGUGGACGCUCAAUAUACAAAGAAUCAAGCUUGGAAAUCUGACGCGGACACUCUGAACGCUCCGGCAGCAACAGAAGUGUCUUUUGAAGAUCACUGCAAGUACAAGUACCUGUUCAACUAUCGUGGAGUUGCUGCCAGCUUUAGAUUCAAGCACUUGUUUGUGUGUAAAUCUGCAGUUUUCCAUGUUGGUGAAGAUUGGAUCGAAUUCUUUUAUCCAGAGCUAAAGCCUUGGGUACACUACAUCCCUGUAAAUCCAAACUCUGAUGUUAACGAACUUAGGUCACUGCUUCAAUUUGCAAAAGAGAAUGAUCAACUUGUUGCGUCCAUUGCUGAACGGGGUUACAGCUUUAUUAAGAAACACUUGAAAAUGAAACAUAUAUUGUGCUACUGGAAAACUUUGUUGUUAAAAUAUUCAAAGCUUUUGGUAUACGAUGUUAAAAAGCAUGAAGAUGUUAAAUUGUUAUGAUUUUGUCACUUUAAUUAUUGGUCAACAACUUAUAAUGCUUUUUUACUCAAUUUACUCAUGUUGUCUGUUUAAUUUAAUAAUGACAAAAAUUAUAAAUUAUGUAACAUGUUGCAUAGAAUGGAGUGAUCUCGUCUUUUUUGUGUUGAAUUUCUUGAAGUUUGGAUAAUACCCUGACAAAGAUGUUGGUUCAUUCAUUCAUUGAGCAACAGAAACCGUUCGAUGCCGGCCGGUGAUGGUGACUUGGGUCAAGUCAUUUGACUCUUUCUUACAAUUAGUAACUUAGAAAGACUACAUAGAGUUGUACUAGACAAUAAGUUAUCAUCUAGCAUUAUUACUAAUAACCCCAUGCAUACUGAUGAAGAAAGAGUUUCGAUGAUUUCGGAGCACUUUUAGCAGGACGGAAACAGUAUAAAAUACGAUUGAAUGUUUAUUGACAGUAGGUGAUAGAUAAAACAUGUUUAAAAAUUGAGAGUCGUACGACAUUUUCAGCCGCAAACUUUUAUGCAAAACCGCUUACCAAUAUUAUUAUCUCUUACAUUAUGCCAUUUUUUUGAACGAAAAUAAACAUUAAUAUCCUAACUGAUUACAUUCGCAAGUACUUUUAAUUAAAUCUAAACCUUAUUUUAUUGUAAUUAUUUUACUACUAUUUUAUGUAUUAUAACUGUUGUCAGCUUAGAAGUAUUAUUUAAAUUAUUGGAUGGAAUUUGAAAAAUGCUUCUUCUCAUUGUUCAAAUUCUUUAGAUGAAAGGAUACCAGUACUAUGUAAUUUAAUAAAUAAUUAU